AUGCCCAAAAAUGCCAUGUAUCGCAUGCACACAGAGCCAAGCUCGGGACUCGUCGUGGCGGGAUCCAAGAGAGGGGAACCGUGUACGAUCCAGGCCGAUCAUCAAGCGCGGAAGACCGGGAUGUCAUACAGACAGAUACUGUGCAUGGUGCAUGGCGCAUGGUGCAUGGCGCAUGGCGCAUGGCAGGCUGGAAAAAGGGAAAUGAGAAAAAGGGACAUCAAGGAACCCAGAGGAGGACCCAAUGACCCACGGGUCACUGACGGGGAAGUGAAGCAGACCAUCCGGACUACUCUAGACUACUGCCCAGGCGUAGUCCAGGUCUUUUGGGAGAAGCAAGCGUAUCUGUCACAUCCGGCACAGACGAACGGGGUCGUCACCACAUCGACGAUUGACGAAUCAGAAGUCGACGAUGGUGCCCGAGAGGCAGGUUCUCAAUGA